UAUAUAUAUAAAACGGACGUGCUUGUUUUUCUCAAACCCCCACCCACCCAAACCUGUAACCUCUAUUUCUUGUGCACAAGAAGUAACAUGGAGAUGAAUAAAUGGAGUGGAAAAGCUUAUAGUCAGAGGUAUUACGAGAUUCUUGAGAAACGGAAGAGCCUACCUGUGUAUGCGCAGAAACAAGAGUUUCUACAAUGCUUGAUGAGCAACCAGACGUUGAUACUUGUCGGUGAAACCGGUAGUGGUAAGACUACGCAGAUCCCACAGUUUGUUUUGGAAGCCGUGCACGAAAAACACCCUAGCAAGUGGCUGGUCGGGUGCACACAGCCUCGUAGAGUCGCAGCCAUGUCCGUGGCAAGUCGUGUUGCUGAAGAGAUGGAUGUAGCUAUCGGUGAAGAAGUCGGUUACUCCGUUCGCUUUGAGGAUUGCACUAGCUCCAAAACAGUGCUUACGUACUUGACCGAUGGUAUGCUUAUGAGAGAAGCAAUGACCGAUCCGCUUCUACAGAGAUAUAAAGUGAUAGUCCUCGAUGAAGCCCAUGAAAGAACUUUAGCCACGGAUUUACUAUUUGGUGUUCUCAAACGAGUCUUGAGCAACAGACCGGACCUUAAGCUAGUUGUGAUGAGUGCAACUUUGGAAGCUGAAAAGUGUCUUGAGUAUUUUAGAGGUGCACCUCUUAUGAAAGUUCCGGGAAGGCUCCAUCCCGUAGAGAUCUUGUACACGCAAGAACCUGAGAGAGACUAUCUUGACGCGGCUAUUCGGACAGUUGUUCAGAUUCACAUGUCCGAGCCGCCCGGUGAUGUUCUUGUUUUCUUAACCGGCGAGGAGGAGAUUGAAGAUGCAUGCAGAAAAAUCGUCUGUGAACUUGGGGAUCAAGUAAACGUUGUGCCUUUGUAUUCUUCUCUUCCACCAGCCAUGCAGCAGAAGAUAUUUGAUCCUCCUACGGAGAAUGUGAGGAAGAUUGUUGUAUCCACCAACAUCGCAGAGACUUCUUUAACCAUCGAUGGAGUUGUUUACGUGGUUGAUCCUGGCUUCGCUAAGCAGAAACUAUACAACCCUGAAACUCGUGUUGAGUCGUUGUUGGUGUCUGCAAUAUCACAAGCAAGUGCUAACCAGAGAGCUGGUCGUGCAGGUAGAACACGGCCUGGGAAAUGUUUCAGGCUUUACACAGAGAAGAGUUUCAACCAUGAUUUGAUUGAGCAGACGUAUCCUGAGAUACUGAGAUCAAACCUUGCAAACACUGUUCUGACUUUGAAAAAACUUGGUAUAGAUAACUUGGUUUGCUUCGACUAUAUGGACCCUCCUGCUCCUGUGACGAUGGGGCGGGCCUUGAACGAUUUGCUUGAUCUGGGAGCAUUAGAUGAAGAACUUAACUUGACAAGGACGGGUGAGAUGAUGAGUGAGUUUCCUUUGGAUCCACAGAUGGCAAAGAUGCUUAUAGUCAGUCCUAAAUUCAACUGCUCCAACGAGAUUCUCUCAAUUUCAGCUAUGUUAUCAGUACCAAACUGCUUUAUAAGGCCAAGAGGAGAGGCGCAAAAAGCAGCAGAUGAAGCUAGAGCUAGGUUUGGUCACACUGAUGGAGAUCACCUCACGUUGCUGAAUGUGUACCAUGAUUAUAAACAAAACAACGGAGACUCGAACUGGUGCUACCAGAACUUCAUCAACCAUAAGGCAAUGAAGUCUGCUGACAAUGUUAGAGAGCAGUUGGUGAGGAUAAUGUCCAGGUUUAAUCUCAAGACGUGUAGCUCUGAUUUUACCAGCCGUGACUACUAUAUUAACAUAAGAAAGGCAUUGCUUGCUGGCUAUUUCAUGCAAGUGGCUCAUUUAGACCGCACGGGCCACUACUUGACCGCCAAAGAUGGACAAAUGGUUCACCUGCAUCCAUCGUGUUGCUUGGAUCACAAACCGGAGUGGGUAGUCUACAAUGAAUAUGUUCUGACUAGUCGUAAUUUCAUAAGGACUGUCACGUAUAUUCGAGGUGAAUGGCUAGUGGAUGUUGCACCAGAUUACUAUCAUCUUUCCGACUUCCCAAACUGUGAAGCCAAACGAGUCCUCCAGAAGCUUUCUAAGAAGAGAGACAGAGCGGGGAACCCAAAGUGAAAACGGGCUAGUUUAGACUUAUAUCAUUACAGAUAUCUAAAGUUUCUUUUGUGUGUAAAAUAUGGCUCCAAAAUCCCCAGUUUUGUGUUUCUCAGUUAAUACUCUGGUUUGAUUUUAUUUAUUGACCAAAAAGUUGGUAGAGUUUCAUGAUUACAUAGAUGCGAAGAUUCUAAUCCAGUUAUUUUCAUUAGAACAAAUGUAAUUCAAGGUCAUGAUCAAGAGAAAGAUGAUCUAAACUUUUUCAUCCAAUCCCAAAACGAUACACCAUUUAAAUACUAUUCCAGGGAUUAAUAACCAAACCAAACCAAAACUUUGGUUUCCCAUUAUUCAGUUCAAUUCGGUAAAGCUUUUACAAACAAUUUGGUUAUCAGCUCAAUAGUCGGUUAGUUCAGUUUAAGAAAAAUAAUCAACUUCUGCAACAAUCUAACCAGAAAAAAAUGAACCAAAAUUAGGUGAAAUUAUCCAAUAUCGUAACAGAUUUAAACCGAAAUCCAACAAAAAUAAAAAAAAUAUUGGUUAAUUCAAUGGAAUGUUCAAAAACUAAAAUUACCAAACCAAACUGUUUUCGGUUCAACUCAAAUGAGAUUAUGGAUGAACCAAACUAAUUGAUACACUUUCUUCUGCCAGUUUCGAUUGUUGUAAGAAUAAGAUUUCUCAAUUAGCUUAAUAAUAGGUAACUAGGUAAUAACCCGCGCCUUGCGCGGGAUGUGAUUAUUAGUUUUGUUAUUUUUUAAUAAAAACACAUUAAAUC